AUGAACUGCUCAAAUGCGAGCGAAAUCGAUUGCAUCGCCGUCGAAGACGUCUCCUACAAUGUCGAUUACAUGGAAAAGGUUCAGAAAUUCUUUAAAAAUAGGUUUGAAAUCAAGAUUUUUCAGCUAGAAAUCGGGAUUUAUAUAUUAUGUUUCGUCGUCGGCGGCCCUCUCAACGUCUUGUCUCUUCAUCGAUCUCUAAGGGCUUUCAGGUUAAUAUUUCUUGUCUUUUUUAAAUAAGAACAAACUUUGAAGAAAAUCUAGGAAGUACAGUAAAUCUAAAGGAUACGAGAAAAAUCAUUUAUUAGCGUUUUUAUAAGUCUAAACAUUUUUAGCGGUUUUGGGUGAUAUUUUUUAGUUUUUCCGAAUUUUUCUUAUUAUUUUUCACGCACAGAAAGACACUGAAUCAUUAGAAAAUCGUAUUAUCUUGGUUUUUUUUUCUCAUUUACUUGAAUAUUUGUUUCUAGUCCAUUCAUAUCCACUGCUCCAAAAUUUUGAAUUUUCAAGAUUCUUCUUUUUUUCGAAAGUUAGAAUCUUUUUUUCUCCUUUGAAUUUCCAUUUUGAACCAACUAGACCUGAAUAAAAUAAAAAGAGGCUCGAAUUUUUGCAAUUUAAAAAAAAAAUGAACUUUUCCUAGCUGCUCCAUGAGAAAUAGAUCGUAUGAUAAAACAAUUUUCUCGUUUUUUUUCCCACAUUUCAUUUAUUUUCUAAGAUUGAGCAGCUGAACUUCAGCUCUUCAAAUUGCAGGGUACAUGGAAAUGUGAAAAAAAGCAUUCUUUUAAACUAAUGAUCAGUUGAACUUCUGAAUAGCUUUUCGGAUUUUUCAUACGGUUUGUAAAAUUUAAAAAAAAGAGAUAUUUCCUUCAUUCAUCUCCCACUUUCAUUGUAGAUCUUUGGAAAUUUUUAAUUUCGUUUUUAUUUUUAUUUUUAUUCUUCAAAGAUCUUUAUUAUUUUUUUUUUCCAAGCUAAUAAUAUCAGACAUAAGAAUCAAGUUUCGCCUUUCCAAGCUAAUUCUAGCCGCUUUUGAACUUUUCUUGAUGAUUAACACGGUUAUUAAACCAUUCUGCGAAGGUUCAAGCUUCUGGUGAAAAAAUAGACUUUCAGACAGACUGGUGAGCCAUUUUUUAAUUAGAUUCUCCAGACUUGUAUGGGGCUCUCAUAAUGAAAAAAUGCGCGACCAGAAGUAAUCAAAUUAUAAGAGAGAAUAUGAAGAAAACCGUCGCUUUAUUGGUUGGCAAAUUGUUCAUUUAUCUUUCAGACUGGUUAAUUGGCUGAGAAAGGGUUCUGUGAACUGAUAAAGAGUGAAAUUUGCUGUUUUGAACCAUAAAAUCAAGUGGAAGCUUUGAAUAUUGAAUUUGAACCACUGCUAUACAUUAUUAAUUCGUAUAAAAAUAAGUAUACCUUUCUUAAACAUUUUUUUAAAAGAGAUUCCUACGAAACUGUAAUAGGGCCCCUUUUAGGAACAACCCUCACACCCCCAACCCCUAAAGGGCCUUAAGUUAACUUUCCCCUUUAGGGGCUCUAAGAAACCCCCCUUAUAGGACCCUUAAGAAACUUCCCCCUAUAGGGGCCCUAAGACACUCCCCUCACCUCUCUAUAGGGAUCCUAAGAACCCCCCUAUAGGGGCUCCUACGAAACUCCCCUCUAUAGGGGCUCCUACGAAACUCCCCCUUAUAGGGCCCUUAGAAACUUCCUUCCCCCUUUAGCGCUCUAAGAAACUCCCCUCCGUAGAACCCUUAGAAAUCUUAUCCCCUCCUAUAGGGUACUAAGAAACCUCCCCCCUUGAGGGACCCCUCCAAAGCUUCCCAGAAAAUUGUGAUUUGAGGCAUUUUGUUUCUCCUAAAACACUUCCUGUUUCAACUUUUAACUUUUUUCUCUCUUCAAAAAAAAGCCAAGAGCAUUCCGAGUGUAUUUUAUUUAUGCGUAGUUGUCAGUCGAAUGGAUAAGUGGUAUUCAUUCGGCCCGACGAAAAAAAAGUGGAGGAACAUUUUUUUUCCCAAUUUCUCAAAGAUCGAAAGCAGUCUAGCGAUUAUUUAUGCAAAGUUAUUGAGAACGGAGAAAGAAUAUUCAUUCUGCGAUGACAACUAUCUGGUGAGAAGGAAGGAGUUGCAGAAUUCGGGGGAUUGAGAAAGACCUUUUUUUGUGAAAAAAAUAAGCGAUAGAUUCACGGUACUCUUAAAAAAACAAGAAAAAAAGUAUCUAAAAAAACGUAAAUUUAGUAAUUUUUUUCUAAUAUCUACAAGCGGCUUUAAAAAGGGUCUUCCUUGGAAAUUUAAAAAAAAAGGUAUAUUUUGUAUCAUUUAAAAAUAAAAUGAAGGCAAAAAAGUUUUUCAGCCCUUCCUGGCCCAAUUUCGACUCAUUUCAAAACCUCUGAGCAUCGAGAUUUUUUGACCUUUACCCAUUUUUAUUGAAACGUUUUCUGAAUGUCUUAUAGGCAAGACCACUUCUUUAGGUCAAUUUUUCGCCGAAUAAAAAGAGGAAGCAUAAUGAGUUGUCUUCCUCGAAAGUCUACCUACUUAUGCGUCGUCAUUGAGAAACAUCCAGGAAAUAUUCAUUUAGCACAAAAAAGUUGAUGAUGUCAACUGCUAGAUUAUUCAUUCCAAACCUUUCAUAAAAAAAAGGAAAAAAAAGCGGUUGGACACCUCCGGUUGUAAUGCAUAAAUCACGCCGGAAACACUCUCUUUCGGCCUCCUUUUUUCUGGAACAAAGCCAGCGAAUCAUUCGGGGUACAAGAUGAAUGGCAACGUUUGUUUUCCCGGUUUUUUCGAGCCGAACAUGUUCUCUGAAAUGACACAACAAUAGGUUUCACUCGGGGGUAUUCAGAAUUUGUACUCUUUCAGUUUGAUGGAAAUUUUCGGUUCAGAAAUAUGUUUGAUACUUCUUUUUACAAUUUUAAAAAUGAGAAUACACUUUAAAUAGUAUACUUUCAUUUAUACGACCUGAAACCAUUUGAACUGCUCAAAACUUCGAUAAUAAUCCAAGUGAUGACAAGAAUUUGAGCAAUUUUCCUCUUGUUCUAUAGGACAACACCGAGCGCAAGUAGUUUUGAGUCGGACGCAUCGAACAGAUCAAACAGAAGCUCAUUUUUCAAAGUAGACGUCGAAUGCAAAAAUUGGGACUAAAAAAUUUCAAAAUUGUUUUUCGCUUUUCAAAACCCAAAAAAAGGUACGAAUCAAGAAAAAUCUGUAUUUUCCAGACAACACAAGGCGAAGAGCCAAAUAAUGUUGCUGAGGAUAUCGCUGAACGUGGCCGACCUCAUCACCUUGUUCGUUUUCGUCCCUCGCCAGAUUGUUUGGCUCAGCGUUUAUGAGGUAUUUUUUGAUUAUUAUUCAAGCAAUUUAUGGUUUUUCAGUGGUACGGUGGCGAGUUCCUGUGCAGAGUCUGCGCAUUUUUCUCCACCUUUUCCUUCUAUUCCAAUUCAUUCGUCAUCGCCUGCAUCGCCAUCGACAGGGUCUAUGGGGCUUAUAAUAUAAGGUGAGGAGAAAAUGAGCUUUUCCAUUUAUUUGUGAAGAAAAUUAACAAAAAGACAAGAAGAAAAUUUAGAGAAUAUGGGUUAAUUUGAUCAUUUUUCAGUUAUUUUCAGACAGAUACAUAAAUUUUUGGUCAUUUAUUGACAAAAAUGAGGUUUUUAUAAGUUUGUAAAAUGUGUCUUCUCAAUCUUUAGAACCAAGUGAACUCGUUAGAGUUCAACCCCACCUGUCAAUUUAUUAUUAUCAUUUAUUAAUUCUCAGUUCUCUGAACGCUCAUCGGAAGGCCUACAUCCGGUGUCGAACGCUUCUCGCCGUCGGCUGGAUGGCCGCUUUCGCCCUGUCUCUUCCGCAAACCGUCAUUUUCACCGUCGCCAGGCCUUCUGGCAUGGGCGAGUUCAUGUAAGCUUUCUGAAAAAAAAAAGAUUUUUUCAAAAUCUUAGUUUCUGGAAUUUUAAACAAAAAUAGUAUGGUUUUCCAGGCAAUGCUCCCCGAUUUGGACCAUCGUCUACCAUGAGAAACGAUACGCCAAAGGUCCUGAUUUUCAUGUGAGUUUUCAUUCUUUUUUUUUUAAAUUUGCGUUUUCUGCAUAGGAACCGAUCCCUUGACCUAUAGAUCAAUAGCUUAACUGAUAAUCAACUGAGCUAUCAUCAUCUAAUAAUUUCCAGCCGAGUGACGUUGCCGGGUGGAAGCAACUCGAAAUGACAUACAAUAUCGUCCAUCUACUCUUCAUUUUCUGGAUCCCUUGUAUAAUUAUUAUCUGCAGUUAUCUCACCGUAUUGCUCAUCUUACAGGGGCACUUGAGUCAAGGUUCGUUUGAAAAAGUUUUUUGAAAAGACUUGCCAAAAUGACUCGUAGGAUAGAACCUAGGGCUUUAGUGAUUGUACUUUGACCUCUAAGCAGACUAAAAAUAAAAUAAAUACCUAAGAAAAAUGUUUAAACGUAAAAAUUUCUCUAACCAAAGAUGGCAAAAACCCGCGGAGGGAUCGAACUUUAGACCCUACGGACUAUAGCUCGAGCUCUUAGCCAGUUCACCACGAGUAGGACAGUUACGCAUGUUUAUUAGGAGCACGGAAAACAUAGCAAUAGAUUCCAAUGAAAAAUAGUCAAACCUGGAAAUGACAAAAACCCGCGGAGGGAAUGAACUUUUGACCCUGCGGGCUAUAGCUUGAUCUCUUAGCCACCUUACCAUGUUUCAUUCAUCUGUUACCUCAUUUUGGCCAGUCUAUAUCUCCUGAAAGCCCUCAGUCUAAUAUCAGAGAAAAAACUUCAUUUAACAAAGAUCAAUUAUUGAGGAUUUCAUGCCCUUGAUGAAAUCUUGAGUUCCAAUUUUUCAGCUCCCUCAAAAUCGUCGUGCUUCCAUCGUCGGAUCGGCCUCACCUCUUCCGAUGGUUCGUGUUCAGUUUAAACAUUCUUUGAGUUUCACCGCAUUGCGUGAGGCUUGAAUUAGAGAAUCUUCCUUGUUUCCGCAUGUACAUUUGUGAUGUGAUGAAGAACAGGAAAGAAGGUUUCUAUUUUUAGAAUCCCGGACGCCUACACCUUCGAGAUCAUCCCUGCUGCUCCAUGCAGACGAUUCCUACGUCCAGAAGGUCCUUCCCAAGGAGUCAGUUCUUUUUUGUUCAGGGAAAAUGGAAUUACAAGCAGAAAACAUUCGAUAG